CAUGGUAAGUGUGACUGUGGCAGAUGCAAAUGUGAUGAAGGAUGGUUUGGUGAUGCUUGCCAGUACCCAACCAACUGUGAGCUGACCAAGAAAAAGAGUAACCAAAUGUGCAAGAAUUCUCAAGACAUCAUCUGCUCUAAUGCAGGUACAUGUCACUGUGGCAGGUGUAAAUGUGAUAAUUCAGAUGGAAAUGGACUUGUUUAUGGUAAAUUUUGUGAGUGUGAUGACAGAGAAUGCAUAGAUGAUGAAACAGAAGAAAUAUGUGGAGGCCACGGAAAGUGUUACUGUGGAAACUGUUACUGCCAGGCUGGUUGGCAUGGAGAUAAAUGCGAAUUCCAGUGUGACAUCACCCCCUGGGAGAGCAAGCGAAGAUGCACAUCUCCAGAUGGCAAAGUCUGCAGUAACAGAGGGAUUUGUGUGUGUGGUGAAUGUUCCUGCCACGAUGUGGACCCCACUGGAGACUGGGGGGAUAUUCAUGGGGACACCUGUGAGUGUGACGAGAGGGACUGCCGAGCUGUCUAUGACAGAUAUUCUGAUGACUUCUGUUCUGGUCACGGGCAGUGUAACUGUGGAAGAUGUGACUGCAAAGUAGGCUGGUUUGGGAAGAAGUGUGAACACCCACGUUCCUGCCCACUGACAACAGAGGAGAGCAUCAGAAAGUGCCAAGGAAGUGCCACUCUGCCCUGCUCGGGAAGGGGUAAGUGUGAAUGUGGCAAGUGCACUUGCUACCCGCCGGGAGACAGCAGGGUGUACGGCAGGGCCUGUGAGUGUGACGAUCGUCGCUGUGAAGAUCUGGACGGCGUGGUCUGUGGAGGCCAUGGGACAUGCUCCUGCGGUCGCUGUGUUUGUGAGAAAGGAUGGUUCGGGACGCUCUGCCAGCAUCCGCGGAAGUGUAACCUGACGGAGGAACAGAGCAAUAGUCUGUGUGAAUCGGCAGAUGGCAUACUGUGCUCGGGGAAGGGCUCCUGCCACUGCGGAAAGUGUCUUUGUUCUGCUGAAGAAUGGUACAUUUCGGGAGAAUUCUGCGACUGUGAUGACAGGGACUGCGACAAACACGAUGGGCUCAUUUGCACAGGGAAUGGAAUCUGUAGCUGUGGAAACUGUGAAUGCUGGGACGGAUGGAACGGGAACGCCUGUGAAAUCUGGCUCGGCACGGAAUACCCUUAACGAUUAUGUGGCAGGGAACCGGGUUCUUCUUUUUUCUCGGCCCUCAGAACGGAUAAAUGCAGAGGAAACCAUGUAUAAUCACCACUACGACAGGUCAAACAGACUAUUGUAUGUUUUUCUCUUUCUGAAUGCCUGAAUGAAAUCUGGGUACCCAUUAAAAAUGAGCUAAGCAAGUUCUGAUGUAAAUAGCAUCAGAAAAAACUUUUCCUACCUUCAUUUACAUCAGUGGUUCUCAACAAGGGCAAACUUUACCACCCAGAAAACACUUGACAAUAAUGUUUACAGGUAAUUUUGAUGGUCACCCUGUGUGGCGUGGAGGGCAUGUUGGGGGUGGACAUCCAAUGGGUGGGCGCCAGGGAUGCUGUGAACGUCCUCUGGGGCACAGGACAGCCCCCCACAACAAAGAAUGACCUGACUUCACGUGUCAAGGGUGCCUGAGCUGAGAAACAUUGAAUUAGAUGGUUGUUAGAAAUGCAUAACCCUGUACAAGAAAGACCAUAUUCGUGUCUAAGGAAAAAAUACAGUCUUACAUAAAUCCAUUGAUCAUAUUUUGCCAGGAUUCCAUAUCACUUAUCAUUUCCAUGGAGACAUAAGGUAUCCAGACACACAUAGGAUAUGGGGCAGAAACUACAUCAUCAGUGCUUUUGGGAAAAAAAAAAAAAACCUGGUCAUUUUAGCCAUUAAGUCAUUUGUCUUAUCCCCCUUUAGACUCACACAAAAAAACUCUCUUAAGAUGAAGGAAGAUAUUAUGAAAAAUGUACAAUUCAACAUUUUAAAUAAAUAGUGACAUAACUUGCUUAUA